AUGGUUGACAUUGAACAGCUCUGGAAGGACUGUUUGUUGGACACCUAUGAUACAUCGGAUGAAUCCGACCAAAGUAGCGAGAUAAAUGAGGAGUCCCAUACGCAAGACAUAAGCCCAAGUUUAUCCGUCACUACUACUCAGUCUGCGAAGAGACAAAAUGACGAAACAAAACCAGUAUCUAAUGCAGAAUAUGUAGGUCCUCCAAAUACUCUAAUGCCUUCAAUCAAACCUCCUCUUCUGCCUAUCCAACCACAGCAAAAGAAUAAGAAUACAGUGGUGCUCUCUCGUGAGGAAGCUCUCGUCCGUUUAAUAGAACGAACUCGUUACCCGAUUAUGCAGGAAAAUGGUCAACGACGCUACGGCCCACCCCCCGAUUGGGUUGGUCCUGCCCCUGCUCGUGGCUGCGAAAUAUUCAUUGGCAAGAUUCCACGAGACUGUUUUGAGGAUGAGCUAGUGCCUGUUUUUGAGAGUGUUGGCAAAGUCUACAUGUUCCGUCUCAUGAUGGACUUCAGUGGAUGCAAUCGUGGCUACGGUUUCUGCAUUUACACAAAUAGGGAAGACACCAGAAAAGCUGUGCAAAAACUCGACGCAUAUGAAAUUCGCAAGUCCAAGGCUUUGGGAGUCUGUUUGUCUGUUGACAACUGCCGUCUUUUUGUCGGCGGAAUUCCAAAAACAAAGACAAAGGAUGAGAUACUUCUCGAGAUGACAAAAGUGACUGACGGUGUAAAGGAUGUCAUCGUCUAUCCCAGUGUGGUGGAUAAAACGAAAAACCGGGGCUUUGCGUUUGUGGAGUAUGAAAACCACAAAGCUGCGGCGAUGGCUAGGAGAAAGUUGAUACCUGGGAGAAUACAUCUGUGGGGUCAUCAAGUAGCGGUAGAUUGGGCAGAACCCGAAAGGGAGGUGGAUGAAGACGUCAGAAUUCUUUACGUUCGAAACCUCAUGCUGCACACAACAGAGGAGACACUGAGGGAUCAGUUUAAUCUUGCUGCGGGCUUUAAAAGUGCCGUUGAACGUGUCAAAAAAAUGAAAGAUUACGCCUUUAUUCAUUUCACUGAUCGAAUUUUUGCUGCAAACGCCCUUGCCAUCAUGGACGGCUACUACCUGGAUGGUUCGCGCAUUGAGGUGAGUUGGGCAAAGCCGGCUGAUAAAAGUGAAAGCCUUCGUGCUGCCCAACGCGUGGCCCACCACCCGGUACCAACGGGUCUAGCCUUCGACCAGACCGGCUUAAUCAGCCUUCUCAGACCCAAUCUUCCUGCUUUAAAUCAGAGCCACGAUACGUACAACCCCCGCAAUCUACUAUUCCAACACCAACCUCAGCAGCAACAACAGCAGCAGCAGCUGCUACUCAAUGCUCUUAUGAGUAAAACAGAUGGGCGAAGGACCUCCACUGGCUCUGAGAGCGACUCACUGGCAGCACUUCGGAAUUUCAUAACACAGAACCAGAGUGAAUGCAGAAUCCGCGAAGCAUUGGCCAUAUCGCGCAUUCUCAAUCAGUCAAGAAAUGGUGGUGUGUGCCAACAACAGGCAUCACAGGUUCCUGCUGGAGUUCAAUCCAUGAAAAGGCACCAACCAACUAUAGGGCAACAUCAAGGUGACAUAUUUUCUUGCCAAAAGCAGUCGGAUAAAAGUGCUGAUGGUCUCCCAAGAAUUUUGGCAGAAGUAAAUUCUCUGAAGCAUUAUGAGUUCCAUCGUCAACCCUCCUCCAUCUCCAUUCAAAAUAUGAUUGAUCAAUGCUACAUUCCGAACGAUCCAAAAAAUUUUAAUAUUCAAUUAAACAGUCAGCUCCUACCUAACAGUCUUAUUCUAAAACCUCACAUUCAACAUCAUACGAACAGUACAAACCAAAAUCAGCGAAAUAUUUGGACAGACUCAUUGACACUUCAGCAGAGGCAGCAGCAGCAACAACAACAGGCAGAAGAGAUGCGCCUUUACGCUAACUCAAGAUGCUCGCAGCCUUUUAAUAUGUCAGCAUCCACUCUUAGUAACGGGCUGCUCAACACUGGAUCCAAAUUCGAUGAAACUCUGAUAAACCAAACUCUUGGUGGCCGGCUCAAUCCAGCACCAUUUGGUGAUGCCUUAGGUAAGGCCCUUUCUGAUGAAUUAGGCGCCCUAAAUACACUAGUACUUUCAAUCACUCAGGGUACAGAAUUGUUUGAGAAGAAGGAUGGACUAAUUUUCAAUCGUGAUCAGGGCGAUAUGGCAAUUACGUCAAGCCGAUGUGCUAAUUUUCAACCCGGCCAUGAUUCAACAGAAUAUUCCUUUUUUAAUAAUCAAUACAUGUCAAUGGAGAGGGCGUUCGAUCCAAUGAAUGCCUACCCACAUCUUUUAACAAACAAUCAACAUCAAUUAAAUCUGACCGAAAGACUCCGCCGUUGUCAAACAGCAGUUCAACAACAUCAAAACGAGGUAGGCAAAGCUCCAAUCACCCAGAUCCUACAUGCACCUGAGAGCACUCUUCGUGAUCAAGUGAACUUUCCGCCCUCCCUCCUACCUUUACCGAACCACUUCGAUUUGGCGAACGACGCUGAGAAUCCUUCGGCAUCUCCUGGGAUACGGGAAACUACCUCUAACUCUAACAGUGAGGUACCCGAUUUAAAUUUUUCAGUUGAUGAAUUAAUCAUGGACGACGAGCAGAGAUUUCACUUCACCUCGAUCGACGCGUUCAUUUAA